UGUUAGGCUUGCACAUGCGCAGUGGGAGGACAGGCCUGGAAGGAUUGGUGGAAAGCUGAUGCAUUUCUUGGAGAUGGUUGCUAACAACUGAGUGAACAAAAGCAACGGGUGAUGUUGGCAGGAGAGAUCGGAAGACUAUACCAGAGCAUACCAAAAUACUGACUGCCUAAACUUUAAUUGUAUAUUUGUCAUAGGGUUUCUCCAGUAGAGAGCAAGCAGGUAGAACUUGAAGAUGCCAUUCUUCAAAUCUACUUCAAGCCUUCGUUCGGAGAGUAGUGAUGGGGACCCAGAAGGCCUAGCUGAAAGCGAGUUGGCCAAGCUGCAGCGCCAGUUCCGCCUUUUAGAAGGUGACCGCCAUGCUUACGCCUUGGAGUCUCGUGAAACCAUCCGCAGACAGAUGGUUGAGGUCAAGCGCCUGGAAAAAGAGAACGAAGACCUGCGAUACAAGCAGGCUGUGGUUGAGGGCCAGGCCAACCAGAAGAAAGAAAAAGUCAAAAGUGACGCUCUCCGGUCCUUGCUGACUCAACGGGAUGAAGUAAAGGAACAAAUAAUUAAAGAAAAAAAGCGGAUGACUCGGCUUGAUCAGGAGAUCCAAACCUGGGAGAACCGUUUGGCUGAACGGAAGCAGGUGGUGGGCAGUGAUGCCCUGAUCCAGGAACAGAGAACCCAUUUGCAAAGAAGGAUACAGACAGUAGAAAACCAACUAGAUAAGAUCUCCAACGAAUUCAGUUCUCAGCUCGUCUUGAAUUCACAGCUACGUGAGGAUCUAGAAAUUCUCCGAGCUGGACAUGAUCGCUUUGAACAGCAGUAUAAAGAUUUAGAGAAGGAGCUGCUGGAUACUCGUAACACCAUAGUCACCGUUGUCAGCACAUCCUCUGCAGCUUAUGAUGCAAGAGAUGAAGCUCAUUCCCGUUUGGGCCAGCUGCGGGACAAAGCAGAGAAGGAUUUAAAGCAGUAUGUGUCUGAGAUGAAAGAAUUGGAGCGCUUCCUAGAGAAUGACAGGCGUAUGUCUGAAUUCAUCAACAUCAAGCUGCAGGAAAGGACCUUUACUGAAGAAGCACUGAAAGCCAAGGCAAAGAAACAGGAAGAACGCAGACGGAAAGAUAGUGAGGAAGAGUUGCUUGAAUCUUACAGCAAUACCUUUGAUAAACUCCUGGAGCUCACUGGCUCAAAAAAUCUGAAUAUGGCACUGGAUACAUUUAUUAAAGACAGGGAACGGAAUUUUGCUCAGUUCAACUACGUCAAUGAGCAAAACAGCCAGAAGGACCGACUAUGGGAAGAAAUUCAUGAGCUUUGUCAUGAGAUCCAGGAGAUUCAAAAGCGGAAUGGUCAAAGGGAGGCCCAGCAGCUGUUGAAGCUCCAAGAAACUGAAGACAGACAGGAGGAGACGGUGAAACAGGCCAAUCAGGCUGAGCAGAGUCUGAAAAAGCAUCUCAAGAUUUGGGAGCAGCUUAAAAGUGCAAUUGAGUCUCUCUUCUGGAAACUGCAGUGUGACCAUUCCACGCUGGAAAAAGUGCUGGGGGGGACAACGACCACUCAGGAUGAGAACGUUGCCAUUUACCUGAGCGUGAUUGAACAGAAGGUUAAUGAGCUGCUCACAAUAUAUUCCUACAAGACGGCUGAGGACAAAAAUGAGCCCUACGAUACUGUGGAGACAGCACAGCUGCUCCUGGGGCAGACACCAGGGCUGCGGCCAACUGCAGUCGCCAUUCGGCCACCCACAGCUGGACUUGGCCAUGAGCUAAUACAAGAAGAAGACCAGAGACCUUUAACUCAUGAGGAACUCAGAGAAAAAGUAAUAAAGGAUAUCCUAAGCAAGGCAGCGGCACUUUCUCUAAAGAAAAGCACGUAAUGUGCAGUGCAGUGACUGUAUCCUGGGACUAACACAAACAAGAAAUAACUUCUGGCCUCGAAUAGGAAUCUCAAUGCAGCCUGGGCUAUGCCAACCAAAGAAGAAAACUGUGGUGUCACUGAGGCAGGUUUGCGUUCCAGUUGUGGCUCCUGAAACAUUGUUUUUAACACCAUUGCCCUCUGCCGCAUCCUUUCUCAUGUCUGGAAGGGUUGGUGUGGCUGAGUGUAGCCUUCAUCCUGCAGGAUCCUUCACUCUGCUGUAGACCAUGGAAAAUCUUCCUCCUUCUGGUGAAUUGUCCCUUCUCUGGGCUGCUUAUGUGAUCAGGACAGAUGUAUUGUGUCAAUGGUACAUAAUUCAUGGCUGUCUUACCAACCAAGCUGUUUGCUUCCGUACUGCCUUUAAAUAGAUGCCUUUAAUUUGACUCCACAUUCUCAUGCAAAGAGAGAAUGCAUUGUAAAAUUUUUGCCUAUAGCAGUGGUAUUUUACCUUGCCACCACUCCUGUGAAGGAAGCAAGAAUGUCCAACUUCUUGGUCGUAAAAUAAGGUCCUUGUUGGGCUAGAAACAGGUGACCAAAUUCGCUCUAUUCCCCCAGUGGCAUCUUGUAUCAACAACAGUUCUUUCUCCUGUUGGUCUCCUUAGCUGUCAGAGUGCUUGAGGCCCACAAGGGGUAUAUUGUGUCUUUUGAUGUAUCUGAGCAGGAAUUGGGUGUAUUUAAAGCACUUAGCCACAUCUUGAAAGGGUGUUUCUUUUUUUAAAAACCAAACAGCGAGCAUGUUCCUCAGAGUGUGGUUUUUACCACAUGGACAUCUAAUAUGAGGCUGUAUCAGUCCCACACAAAGUUCCCAUUUACCACUGCCAGUUAGAGCUUCAUAAGUGGUGUAUGCAAAAGUUUUUUUUCCCCAAAGUAAAAUUGAAACGUACAUGAAAACUGCACUAAUUGAGGUGCCUGUCAGAGGAGCAGUUUCCUCAGGAUAGUUUUUUUUCAUUCUCUUUAGCCCCCUUUCUCGAAGUAUUUUUUUAAAAAAUCCCCCAUUAUUUCAGCAUCCCCCCUUAAGUUGUUCCUUGAUUUCCCCCAAACCAUUUUCCCCUGGAGGGCCCCUAUUUCAGGCCUCUUGGCAGUGUCUCAGAGAAGAAUCUUAGGGAAGCUAUUCCUCUCUCAAGGAUGAUCAUCAUGAAAAAAAAAUCUGAUAGUUUCACUGAAGGAAAAUAGAUGCUUUCUUUCAAUUCUGCCAUUCCUGUGGGUGUGGCAUGCAGGGGUGAUGUGUGUGUAUCUGUGUGUGUGGGAAGGGAGGAGAGGUGGAGACUGGUCCCAAAUGGGCUGACACAUGCACAGUCCUGCGGCAAGUGAAAAGACUAUCGUGGUUUUUUGAUGAUCAGUGUAAAUCGAAACUGGAUGAUUAAAAGGUUUAAUUGACAA